GAACUUGUGUUGGAACUAGAGAAAAAAAUAGAAGACUCUUCUAAGACGUGUGAAAAGAAAUCAGAUAUUGUUCUCUUGCUGAGCCAAAAGCAAGCACUGGAAGAACUUAAGCAAACUGUUCAGCAAUUAAGAUGCUCUGAGGCAAAAUUUGCAGCACAGAAAGAACUACUGGAACAAAAAGUGCAAGAGAAUGAUGGGAAAGAACCACCACCUGUAGUGAAUUAUGAAGAAGAUGCCAGAUCAGUCACUUCUAUGGACAAGAAGGACAAAGUCUCAAGAUUUGAUACUAUACGUCACUCCAUAGCUGGAAUUAUAAGGUCUCCAAAAUCCAUGUUGGGCUCAUCAUCAUUCUUUGAUGUAAUAUCAACCACAGAGAAACCGUUGGCAGAACAAGACUGGUAUCACGGUGCAAUUCCAAGAAUAGAAGCCCAGGAGCUGUUAAAACAGCAAGGAGACUUCUUGGUGCGAGAGAGCCACGGGAAACCUGGUGAAUAUGUCCUUUCUGUGUUUUCAGAUGGACAACGGAGACACUUUAUCAUACAAUAUGCUGAUAAUCAAUAUCGUUUUGAAGGAACUGGAUUUCCAACUAUUCCUCAGCUCAUAGAACAUCAUUAUACAACAAAGCAAGUUAUUACAAAGAAAUCCGGUGUUGUUCUGCUGAAUCCUGUUGUGAAGGAUAAGAAAUGGGUUCUCAAUCAUGAGGAUGUCACUCUGGGAGAAUUACUGGGCAAAGGUAAUUUUGGUGAGGUAUAUAAGGGAACGUUAAAGGAUAAGACACCUGUUGCUGUAAAAACCUGUAAAGAAGAUCUUCCUCAGGAACUGAAAAUCAAAUUUCUGUCAGAGGCCAGAAUACUCAAACAGUAUGACCAUCCUAAUAUUGUAAAACUCAUAGGAGUUUGCACACAAAGGCAACCUAUUUAUAUUGUUAUGGAACUUGUUCCAGGAGGCGAUUUCCUGUCCUUUUUAAGAAAAAAGAAGGAUGAGCUGAAGACCAAACAGUUAGUGAAAUUUUCAUUAGAUGCUGCUUCUGGUAUGGCGUACCUUGAAUCGAAAAAUUGUAUACACAGGGAUCUGGCUGCAAGGAACUGCUUGGUGGGUGAAAGCAACAUACUGAAAAUAAGUGAUUUUGGAAUGUCUCGUCAAGAGGAUGAUGGAGUGUAUUCAUCAUCAGGCUUAAAGCAGAUUCCUAUCAAAUGGACUGCCCCAGAAGCCCUCAACUACGGGAGAUACACAUCAGAGAGCGAUGUAUGGAGCUUUGGAAUCCUUCUGUGGGAGACAUUCAGUUUAGGAGUAUGCCCGUAUCCUGGAAUGACCAACCAGCAAGCACGAGAACAAGUUGAGAAAGGUUACCGAAUGUCAGCACCACAGAAAUGCCCAGAAGAAAUAUAUAAAAUAAUGCAGAGGUGCUGGGACUACCAUCCCGAGAACCGACCAAAAUUCAGUGAGAUUCAGAAAGAGCUAUCUUCAAUCAAAAAGAAAGUGACAUAGUGAUGUGCUAGUGCCAAACUCAAUAUGCGGGACUUGAUUUUCCAUUGACGUAUUUUUUCCCCUUAAACACUAUGCGUUUAUACAACAUUAUUUGCAAUAUUCAUUUAGGAUUACUUUAAAAUUAACUGGUUUUUAUAUACAUGUGUACCAUCUUGAAUUAUGUCUACACCUGCAUUAAAGACAUAUACUGCCAAAUGCUAUAUAUCCAAUCACAGUAAUAUUGUCAUUUAGGUUACAUGUAAAUAGGAAAGCAGAUACUGUAGAUUUAAGGAACUGUGGCUUUUAUGUGUUUUACAGCAAGUAACUGCUAAUUUUUCAGAGUUUUUCUACUUAACACAGUCUUCUCACUCUGCUGUCCCUGUCUCAGUUGUCAACACCAGCAGCUCUCUAACAUGGUGACUGUGUCAUGCAUGUUGGCCUUAAGACUGAAGACAGUUUUGACAAGUAUUUCAGCUAGAAAUUUUUGUAUUUUUCAAAUUCUAUCUGCAACUUAUUUUUUUUUUUAUGAUAGCUUGUUUCAAGGGUAAAGGUCAAUUAGAUUCUGGAUGUAAGUUUGCUUACCAAACAACAAAAUCCAGAAAUUUAUUCUGUAGAAAAUUGAGCUACAUGUUCAUUUCUUACCAUGCUAUAUUAAUUUCUUAGGACUUUUGAUAUUAUUUACCUAUGCCCUUUAGUCUACCCCUUUUUUUUCCUAUGAAGCCAUCAGAAUUCAGUAAUGUGUCUUCUUUAAUUACCUAUGUUUGUUUAAGAAACAAACAAAAUAACAGUCAUUGAGCACAUUCAUUGUUAAGAGAUACUGCAAAUCAUCUGUCUUCCAAAGAAUAGGUAAAAACAAUAGGCCAACAGAAAGAGGUUUGCUAACGAUAGCAGCAUUGUAAUAGGUGACCAAUAGCAUUGAUCUUAGAGGAGUUAAACAAUGUGAAUUUCUAGAUUUGCUUUUGAUCUGAAGUUUUUCCCUUAAAUUGGCAAUAACCCUCAGUGUGCUGUUGGAGCUUUUAAAAGGUUACACAAAAAAAAGCACAUUCCAUGCAUAGUGUUGAAGGGAAAACACUAUGUUUGUAUGGCAUGAGGAAUUAUCCAAGAAACCCAAAUAAGAACUUAUAUUUUAAGUCUGUGACAGGUGAAACGAAGCAGAGUAGAAAUACUCACCUUCUAAAUUUUUAAAAUCAUUACAAUCAGGUUUUAAAAGAUGGGGGAUAGACAAAUUGUAAAUGUCACCAAAAAUAAAGGAAACUUGUUAAAAAAAAAAAAAAAAAAAAAGGUAA